CCACCCCCCACUAGACUACCUUCCACCCCCGACCCUUCGACACCAUCUCUUGUCAUAGACACGACUGGUCCCCCUCCAAAUACUGCCUUGCUCUUGGGACUCAGUGGUGCCGUGUUGCUGCUCUCGUCCUGUGUUUCGCCUUAUCCCCUCAGGUCGUUACCUCCUCCUAUCUUGCCGCUGACGUGCGGCGAACUGACCGAGGAACAAUCGCCAACGCUCCACCAGCCACCCUCAAGAGACUUUUGCACGUUCUGGUCACGGUUAGAGGAGCGACAUGCACGAAUAACAGACUGAAAUUCCUCCCCUCUGCGUGUUCCUGUUCUGCUGAGCUCGCGCCACGGGCCCGAGGUCCCAGACACCCUCACCACUUCACCUCGACAGCUCCCAUUCACGAGGUGAUACGACUACGACAAACACGUCGAGACUGAUAUUCUCGCCGCCCGACGGAAUCUCGAAAGAACGCUGCGCCUUCAACUCGACCCAAAUCACUUGCACAACAUGGCCUCAGCCCCUUCAGGCCGUGGCGCUGACGGCCUGUCCAAGACGGUGCACACGGAGGCCAUGGACCCAUAUGCCACCAUGGGACAGUUCUCAUUCGCACCAGCAACUAAAACUACAGUCGUUACUACCACGUACACAACCACGACGACGUUCCCGCCCAUGUGCAUCAACGCCCCCGGAAGCCUCAGCCAACGCGAUCCCAAAGAGUACCCACUCGCCCAUACACAAGCCCCGGACUCCAUACGGAAGUUUUACUUCGAGUCUGGAGGUGAACUGGCUUGCUUCGAAGAGGCAAAUGCCGCGUCGGACCAUGCACACGAGCACAAGACUCUCCGCGAGACGCUAAGAUCCUCCAACGGGACACUGCAGAAGGUCGAGUCCUUUGACGGGCCCCCGGUAUUCGCAACACCCAGCCGCAUGACGAGACCAAACAUUAAGACACAACAUCCGGCGCUACGCUCAGUGUCCGGCCGUCGUAAACGAGACAACGCGGACGAGUUCCAAUCCGUUCCAUUACUUCAAGAGGCUGCCGAAAGGGCUCAUCUGCACCGAAGCAAGAAGCCACGAACAGAUGCUGGGAAGGGUAGCAGUGCUGCACAUACGGGCUCACAUUUCACACCCGAGGACUUGGAAGACCGAGUUCCAGCCACACCCGAUACAGAGAUUGGUGGAUUAGGCUCGUCCAAGUUGCCACAGCCUAGGGCAGGGCCCUUGCACAGGGCCAAUCCCAAAGACCGCCUUCCGCAAUACGCGGAACGGUGGAAGCUCCAGGAGCCAUUUGCCGGGCCUUCGAGUACUGAGGAUAGCUCGUUCGGGAGCCAGGAGCACUCGUCUGGACACUCAUUCUCAACAAGCGUCCUCGACGGUCCUGGCGUAGCUGCUACACCCCCCAUCGCAGAGUCCGAUAUGGAACCGGUUGGACCCUUCGCCGAUGAUUCAUCCUUUGCACCCGCACGACUGACGCCUUUGGACACUGGUUCCGCGCAAGAUGCCAGUUUACCAAGCCCCAGCUUGUCACCGAUUACCGCUGCCGCAAAUUUAGCGCAACAGAGUACUGGUGGAACUUCGUAUUCAGGCUUAGGAGGCGACUACGAUCCAAGUGAUGUCUCAGGACUCGACCUCUCACAAGGCGACUCGAGUAACCUACCGAUGGCAGACUUUGCCCUUUUCCCUCCUGGGUCAAGACACCUCGAAAUGCCGGACGCGAGCGAACUGGUCAGUCCCAACCCGCAACUACUAACCCCGACCGUUAUGGGCAUACCCAGUAUGCUAAAUACCUUCGAUGCUCUUCCGGAGCAAAUGAAGUCCUACGUCAUGUACCAGCUGCUUCGGAGGUGCAAAAAGCCCACUCUGCACUUUGUUGCCGAUGUGGUCAACCCAGCCUUGAAGCGGGACUUCAUCGUCUCGCUACCCACCGAAUUGAGUCUGGAAAUUAUUGGAUUUCUGGAUGUCAAGAGUAUGUGCAGCGCCGCACAGGUGUCGAAAUACUGGCGCAAGCUUGUUGACACGCAUGAAACUGCCUGGAAAGAAUUACUUGACAAAGAUGGUUACAAGCUGCCUCAUGGUGAACUGGAGCGCGCUGUGCAGGAGGGAUGGGGGUGGCAAUAUCCUCAUUCGUCCGAUAGCUACGAGCGCGACCUCAGGGCGCAAUCUGUGGCUUCUAGAUCAGAUAAUGAAGCCUACAUUGGCCUGUCUGCUUCUAGCUUGCCUAGCAGCGUCCAUGAUCAUGAAGGCGCAGUAACUCGAUCAUCAUCUAUACGCCAAAAGCGGAAAGCGAUCAGCAAACAUAUUGGUACUAAGAAGCAGCGCAAGAAGGUCUCAUCGUCAGGGCGGACACACCUUGCCCUUUACUCGCGGCCUGUUGAGUCGCUGGAAGGGCCGCAUGGGUUCGCCAGACGAGCACAAGCAGUCAUUUCUGAUCCGAACGUGGGCUUACCUGGUCUGGGUACUAUGCACCUCUUCAAGUCGCUGUACCAGCGACACCAUCUCAUUCGCAAGAGCUGGAUGGUAGAAGAUACGAAGCCUAAGCACAUUGCGUUCCGCGCGCAUCAGCGCCAUGUUGUAACUUGUCUCCAGUUCGAUACCGAUAAGAUUUUGACUGGUAGUGACGACACAAACAUCAAUGUCUAUGACACCAAGACUGGAGCCUUGCGGAGCCACCUCGUAGGUCACGAGGGUGGUGUUUGGGCUCUUCAGUAUGAGGGUAAUACCUUGGUAUCCGGCUCUACCGAUCGCUCGGUACGCGUAUGGGACAUUGAGAAGGGCAAGUGCACGCAAGUUUUUCAAGGCCAUACUUCUACUGUUCGCUGUCUCGUUAUCCUCAAACCCACACAAAUUGGCGAGGCUCUAGAUGGCCAGCCAAUAAUGAUGCCCAAGGAGGAGCUGAUCAUCACUGGCUCGCGAGAUUCUACCCUUCGUGUGUGGAAGCUCCCUAAGCCAGGCGAUCGCAGCAUAAUGCAGACCGGAGCACCAUCUAACGAUCACGAUAAUCCCUACUUCAUACGCGCACUGACUGGCCACCAUCACUCAGUGCGCGCCAUCGCUGCUCAUGGCGAUACACUUGUCAGCGGUAGCUAUGACUGCACUGUUCGAGUGUGGAAGAUUUCUACUGGAGAGGUUCUACAGCGCCUCCAAGGACACUCCCAGAAAGUCUAUAGCGUUGUCCUAGAUCAUGCUCGCAACCGCUGCAUCAGUGGCUCUAUGGACAACAUGGUCAAAGUCUGGUCCUUGGACACGGGUGCCUGCAUAUUCACGCUUGAAGGCCAUACUUCACUUGUAGGUCUUUUGGAUCUGAGCCAUGGACGAUUGGUUUCAGCAGCCGCAGAUUCAACUCUUCGCAUCUGGGAUCCAGAGAACGGGCAGUGCAAGAGCAGACUCUGUGCACAUACGGGUGCCAUCACCUGCUUCCAACAUGAUGGCCAGAAGGUGAUCUCGGGCUCAGACCGCACGCUCAAGAUGUGGAACGUUAGGACGGGCGAGUUCGUCAAGGACCUGUUGACAGACUUGAGCGGGGUGUGGCAGGUCAAAUUCAACGAGCGCCGAUGCGUCGCAGCCGUCCAGCGGAAUAGCAUGACAUACAUUGAAGUCUUGGACUUUGGAGCUUCCCGCGACGGUGUUCCCGCUGAUCAACGAGGCCGCCGAAUUGUCGUCAACUCAAAGGGCCACGAAAUCGAAGACCUCACCGAAGGCGACACAGUUGACGCCGACCAAGCUUAACUUCUUCUACCACGACCGACUCCUUUCAACUGCAUAUAACUGAACAUGUUCAAAAGCGAUACCCUCUACGCGUUUUCUGGCGACGACUUCACGACAAGACAGAUUCUUUAUUAUUUUGAGUGGCAACACUCACUGUUAUUGCAUCAGCACCUACUUCUGUGUGCUUGUAUUUCCGUACUUUUAGUGUGGAAAAGGCGUUAUGUUAGGAUGGGAGGGUUCUAUUGCAUAGCUAUGGCGUUUUCGUUACUGAAGGCUGCAUUGAUAAGGCGUCUACCGAUAACUAUUAGCAUAGGGGUUUGAGCUUUGUGCUGUGCACAGGGUACAAAGCAAAGCAAUACCAGCAUAUUGGUUUUACCAACUCCCU